UGGUGUUUUCUCAGGAUGGAAACUCUUCUUGUUCAGAGGACACCGCGGCAGGCCGUCGCCUUGCAGAGCAAUCUAGAGAGGAGUCGCGUUGUUUUCGGGGCCUAUACUUCCGUCAUUGUGUAUCUUACUGGAUAAACCGUGGAACUUUUCGCAUGUGUCGCUGUAUUGUGAAUGUUGUAGCAACACCAAUUGGAAUUAAGUUGGAUCCAUACAUCGUGUGCUUUCCUGGAACUGUGAAACUAGUUUUACACCGAGGCGUGCCUGGACCUCAUCAGACGUCAGACCUCGCCUCCUCGCUGCCGCUGCUCUUACAAUUUUAUCGCAAUCUAUAAUCACAGCAUUGUUUGCAGGAUUACAACGUCGCUACACACACAAUGCUGCGAAGUGAAUGGUGUGCUGGUGGUAGCUGUUAGACGUUAUCAGCUUUUUUAGUUUUAAACACCGUGCCUUGGCGGAAAGGAGAGGAUUUCGUUUUAUUUAAGGUCUUGAGGAUGAAUGAGCAGGAGAGUGGGGUGGUCUCCUUUGAUGAGUAUGUGCGGCAGAAGGCCCGUACUGUGCCUCAGCACAGGAUGAAGGAGUUCCUCGAGUCUCUCUCCAAGGGCCCAGAGGUGCUGCAGGAGUUCAGCCAGCAGGGAGGGGCAGCCACCACCACAGCCAUGGUGUACCAACAGCAAGACACCAACUGUGUGUACGCAGACAGCACUGAGGUGGCUGGCUCUCUCUUAGAGCUGGCUUGUCCGGUACAGGUGACAUCGGCAGAGAUUUCACCUCAUUUGUCUGUGCAUCAAGAUUCUGAACAGCAGCUUCAGGUGCAGGUUCAGAUCCAGGAACAGCAGGACCAAACCGUUGGCCAGGUUCUUCAAGUGGCUGCGCCCUCUCAGCAGGACCUGCAGGGAAUCUCAACACAUUUUAUCCAGCAGGGAGAGCUCACAGAGGAGCAGCAGCAGCAGAUUCAGGCGCAGCUGGUGGCUGCUGUAGCUGGAGGACAACAAAUCCAGUUGCAAGGAAUGCAGCAUAUUCAGUUGCCAGGCGGCCAGCAAAUUCAACUUCAAGCUGGUCAACAUAUUCAACUACAUGAUGGUCAACAUAUUCAGCUACAGAGUGGUCAGCAAAUUCAGUUACCGGGUGGCCAGCAAAUUCAGCUCCAGGGUGGCCAACAAAUUCAACUACACGAUGGCCAGCAAAUUCAGCUACAGAGUGGCCAGCAAAUUCAGUUACCUGGUGGCCAACAAAUUCAGCUCCAGAGUGGCCAGCAAAUUCAGUUACCCGGUGGCCAACAAAUUCAGCUACAAGGAGGCCAGCAAAUUCAGUUACCAGGUGGUCAACAAAUUCAGCUACAGGGGGGCCAACAAAUUCAGUUACCGGGUGGCCAACAAAUUCAGCUACAGGGAGGCCAACAAAUUCAGCUACCAGGUGGCCAGCAAAUUCAGCUACACAGUGGCCAACAGAUUCAACUACAGGGUGGCCAGCAAAUUCAACUACAAGAUGGCCAACAGAUCCAGAUUCGGACCAUAGAAACCUCGUCUCCAUCACAGCAACAGGACUCUGCCAGAGAGGCAGAGAGGAGGUCCUCCACUGUGUCAACUGUCCUUCAACCGGCCAAGAAGCGUAAGGUGGAUGUCCCUGUGUCGGUGUCCUAUGCAGUCCCACAGGGCCAGCAGGUAGCCACAGUUGUAGCCAUCCCUCAAGGGCAGCAGCAGAGCUAUGUGUCCCUACGACCAGAUUUGCUCACUGUUGACAGCGCUCAACUGUACAGCACUACAGGAACCAUCACUGGUCCCACAGGCGAGACCUGGACCAUCCCUGUGUACUCCACUCCCCAGCAGCAGGGGGUUACUCACAUCACCAUACCACAGGACACAUACAACUCAAUGCAAGUGUCCACCACCAAUGGUAAGGACAAAAUGUCCCCCAGUUCAUCAAGGUCUGCAGAUGUGCAGUCGCCCUCAACUGGGGCGCAGGAAGAAAUAGUGCAGACCCUGUUCCCAGCGCAGUUCAUGAACGGGAACAUUCAUAUCCCUGUGGCAGUGCAGACUGUAGGAGGGUCUUACAACACCACGCAGUCGGUCCAUAUCUGGGAUCCAAAUCAGCAGCAUGGCCAAGGAGACGAUGGACAAGACCAGCAGCUCCAUCUGCAGGGUCACAUAGAGACGGAGGCUCAUGUGGAGCAGCCUACAGAGAUCAUGGUUCCUAUCUCCCUGAAGCCAGAGGAGGGCCUGGAGGUCUGGCGUCUUUGGGUUAAGAGAAAAAAUGCAGAGCUUAAUAAGCAGGAAAAGACAAAGCUUGCACCCAUAGGACGUCGUCAGCCGCUGCGUUUUCAAGAAGACUUGGUGUCAAGUGCAGUAGCCGAGCUGAACCUGGGUCUUUCCCUCAUGACCCAAGAGGCACGAGGAUCAGAGGAAGAGCAGUUCACAUCUGAUGUUCUAUAUUAUGUUUUCUUGUGCAUACAAAAGUAUCUCUCUGAAAAUGGACGUGUGGAUGACAUUUUCUCCGAUCCAUAUUACACACGAUUUUGUGGGUGUUUACACAAAAUUCUGGAUGGUUGGAGACCCAGUGUCCAUCCCUUAGGUUAUGUCAUUCCAAGUCAUGUGACUGAGGAAAUGCUGUGGGAGUGCAAACAGCUCGGUGCACAUUCACCAUCCACACUGCUCACAACCCUAAUGUAUUUCAACACUAAGCAUUUCCAACUGAUGACAGCUGAACAACACAUGAACGUUGCUUUCUCCAAGGUCCUAAGACACACGAGGAAGAACCCCGCUAAUGCCAAGGACAAAGCCACCAGUAUCCGCCUUCUCAAAGGACAAGGUCCGCAGAGUGCAGGACAGAAAGGUGCUCAAUACAGAACUGACGACAUGUACGACGAGCAGAUUGAGGAUCCAGAGAAUCCUCUUCGCUGCCCCAUUAAACUUUAUGACUUUUAUCUCUUCAAAUGUCCUCAAAGCGCUAAGGGGAGAAACGAUGCAUACUACAUGACUCCAGAGCCUGUCGUUGCACCCAACAGCCCGAUGUGGUACUCGUCUCAGCCCCUCACGAGUCAGCAAGUGGAGCAGGUACUGGCCCGCAUCAUCGUGGUCCGAGAGAUCCAGGAGAUCUUCAGUGUUGUAGAGGGCAUCAUGAGCUAGGCUGAGAAGGCUCCCUGGACUCAUGGGACUCCAGUCACUGAUUGUUGACUAUGCAGUAUCCAUCCUGACUCUAUAAACCUCAAGCCCCGUCAUCUCAAAUCAAAUGAGACAACUUCUGAAAUAUCGUACUGCAAUGGUUUUAUCUCUCUAAGGAGUUCAUCUUGAAUGAAUCUUUUUUUUCUUACAUUUUCUGUUUUCAACUGCUGGGUUGGACUGUAUUCUUUGACCACCUUUUGUAAGCCAUUGCCUCUGUAACCUUUAAACUGGCAAGUAAGGGAGGAUUUAGUCUCACCACUGCUGGACCUAUUUGACCUCCUGCCCUCCGAGCUCAUCAGAGAGGGUACAUUUUUCUGUAAAAGUAUCAAAACAAUGAGGAUAUUAAACCCUUUACUACUUAA